AUGACCCAGGAGCAGUAUAUCCUUGCGGCACAGCCCAAUCCGCUUCACCAGCGGGGGGCGUCAGUGUGCGGCACCCAGGUUUACCCAGCAGUGGGAAUCUACGGCUGGAGGAAGAGAUGCUUGUACUUCUUCAUACUCCUCCUCCUCGUCACCAUGAUCGUCAACCUCGCGCUGACCAUCUGGAUCCUCAAAGUCAUGAACUUCACUCCGGAUGGAAUGGGGAAUCUGCGGGUGACGAAGGAAGGUGUCAGAUUGGAGGGAGUGUCCGAAUUCUUAUUGCCUCUAUACGUCAAAGAGAUCCAGUCUCGUAGGGACAGUCCAUUGAUUCUUCAGUCGGACAGAAAUGUGACUGUCAAUGCUAGGAACGAUCAGGGACAACUGACUGGUCAGCUAACCGUGGGUUCAGAAAUGGUAGAGGCUCAGUGUCAGAGGUUUGAGGUGAGGAGUGCAGAUGGAGAGAGAGUUCUGUUCUCCGCAGAUGAAGAGGAGAUCAGCAUCGGCACCGAGAAACUUAGAGUCACAGGGAACGAAGGCGUGGUGUUCAGCCAUUCUGUAGAGACAUCGCAUGUAAGGGCAGAACCCUUCCAAGACCUAAAGCUGGAGUCGCCAACUCGGACCCUGACCCUGGAGGCCCCCAGAGGGGUAGAGGUCAAUGCUGGAGUGGGAGACUUCACGGCGUCCUGUAGGAAAGACCUUCUCUUGCAGUCCUCAGAAGGAGAGAUCUUUCUAGAUGCCAACACCAUCCGGCUGGGCAACAUUCCCCAUGGCAGCGCUGUGGACCCCCUGGAGGGAGCGCCAGCAGGUACUACCUACACCAAACAGACUGUGUACGAGCUUUGUGCCUGCGCUAACGGCAAGCUCUACCUGUCCCCAGCUGAGAAAGGCUCUACCUGCCAAACCACCAGUAACUUUUGUCUCUGGAGCUGAAAAUGGGAGGUCAACAGACACCCGGGACAUAUGGACUAUUAGAGUUUGAAGCUAAUGCUAGCCAACGGACUGAAUCAACAUGGAUUAUGUCUUGGUGGGAAGCUAAUGCCAGCUAAUGUACCGAAUCCACAUUGAUUGUAGCAUGGCGAGAAGUUCAUGUCUGUUAACCAAUCAAAUGAUAUGGAUUACAACUGGGCAGGAAGCUAAUGUUUGCUAACAGACCACAUUAACAAAAGGACUGUGGCUUGGUGUGAAGCUACUGCCAGCUAAAGGACUCAACAUGGACUAGAGCUUGGUGAGAAGCUUUUGCCAGCUCACCAACCAAAUUAAUAUGAAUUGGUCAGUUGCUAAUGCUAGUCAAGAGGAUGAAUGACUUGGCGGGAAGAAAAAGCCGAGGUUAGCUGGUGGGUACGAUACUAUGACGCUACUCAUGGACAUCAAUGGACAAUCUCACUCUGGCGCUCUCGUUGGCUGUCUUUGCUAUUGUUGAAUUGCUGCCAUGACGUUUUCUGAAAGUCACAAGGAUUCCAUUUUGGGGUUUCCUGAGAACAGCGAACUCCCUUACUGGAAAACUCCUGAUUUGGUUAGGAUGAACAGAUACGGUGAUGGACUGCAAACGCGCUAGCAGGGACAUGGACAAGGACUCAGUUGGCUAUUAGUCAUCAGUGUGGACUUUGGUUAAACCUUGCAGGUAGUUAAUAAAUAAAUCAGACAAUGGUUUAGUCUAGUGGGAAGCUAAGGCUAGCUAACGGACCAAUUUAUACCAGAAAGGCCUUCCCCCUCUCCCCCUCUAGUCUUUUAACCCAAACGUUGACAUGUGACCCUUCUGUAUUAAUCUGCACCUGAUAGUGAAUAUGCUGGCCGACCCCACUUUUCAUAAGAUAACUAAUGCAAUUAAUUGUGCUUCAACGUUGCAUUCACCAGCUUUUUCCCCCUUAUGUUUUAAGAUUUUUCACAUCUACUUUUAUCUUAUUUUAAUUCUCUUUUCCGAAAUAUUUUUCGUGUUAUCUCUUUGAAUCCUGUUGUUUUUCCCUUCAACAUCCUUGUAAUCCCCAUCAGUACCAGAUGCAGGGUUUCUCCCCCGUCUCUCUGGAGUCAUUCUAUCUGGGCAUGUGAUGCUUUCUCGCCAGACAGAAACAAAUGGAAUGAAGAAAAUGAAAAAUGAGUUAAGUCUUACGUUAAAUUAAGGCUCAGGUGGAUGUUAUGGCAGACCAACCAUUUAUAUGGUAUAGGGCCAAACCUCCAGUCAGGCAGAGGCACCAGUCGGGCAACAGCCAGACCAAUUUUGGUCUUGUUAUGGACCAUUAUGCAUCUUCAUCCAGCGUUUGUUGUUGGUCCGACUUUUUUCCUUCUUUUUGCAUGACCUUUCUGCUCUUCUUGCUAAGCCCUCUUUCUUCUCGGUCAUGUUGGUUUUCUUUGUCAUUGAGAAACGUUUCUGCCGCCACUCUCCUUUUUGUUCUUUCUUCAGCAUAUUUUUAAUUCAGUAUUUUUACCUCCCAUUACUCACUUUUUGCCAUCCCAAACUCAAGUAUCAGGAAUAAUGCCCCUUUCCUCUCAUACUAUGUCCCCUUUAAAUUUCUGCAAACUAAGAAAGAAAAGUCAAAAAGGUCCAAAAUAUUGUUUUGGGGGUUAUUUUUGAUAUAUUCAAAAGAAAAGGGGGAGAUCAG